AUGACGAAUGUCGCAAACGCAUCAUCUGCUGAAAAUUCCUCCGCUGGACAGCCGAAGAAUCCCAAGACCAGUACGAUGACACCAAUUGAGAUAUCUAUUGAGAAAUUGCCAAAUCUCGCCUCAAACUGGUCCACAUUCUUAAGGGACAUUACCAAUGACCGAAAACUACGAGCCGAACGUAUAAAUCGCCAGUCCGAAGAUGUCAUCCAAUUUAUAAACAGGUUUCCCCUCUUGGAAUCUUAAGAAAUUCUUCCCGAAACUGAGAAAGAAAAACCAAGUCACCAAAAACAUACAAUUAAAAAUUAUAUGUAAUUAGAUUAAUGCAAAAACCAAUUUUAUAAAAUAAAGAACAUAAUUUAACCAAUUUAAAA